AUGGUCGCGUUCGCGGAAGAUGCGUGCGGCGGCGCGUCGGCGGGCCGUGCGGAGGCGCAGCAGCGCGUGACGGCGGAGUUCCCGCCACCGCCGCCGAAGGCCUCCGCCGACGGCAUCUGGGACAGGUACCCCGACGGGAUCCCGAUCGGGCAGCUUAUUGGCAAAAGGGGCGAAGACACGUCCGAUGGCACCCACGCGGGGAGGUCGAAGACGCUUCUACGUCGUCAGCACGACCUGGACCGCGACGAGGACGGGCUGGUGACCAAGGACGAGAUCGUGCGCGCGCUGGACGAGAUGAGCCAGGCCAAGGCGCUGGCCCGGCUGCUGCGGAACUGCGUGGUGAUCUUGGUGGUGCUGCUCGUGCUGACGCUGGGCGCCAUUUUCGGCAUGUCGUGGGCGAUGUUCGAGCACUUCCAGACGACGGAGGCGCGGGGCGACAGCGUGCUGCGCGAGCGCGGGUCGGGCGCGCCCGUGACGACGGGCGACGUGCAGGGGGAGGUGAUGGGCCCGAAGGAGGGGCGGUUCCGCGUAACAAAUCAGGUGGUGUGGACCGAGGGCGGCGCGGGCGACGCGGGCGGCGCGCGGCGGCUGCUGCAGGCGGGCGGAGGCGGGGCGGAGCCGCUGCCGCUGCCCGAGGGCUUCGCGCCGCACGCGGACGCCGUGGCGUUCGCCCUGUGUCCGGACGCCGAGCGGUGGGCAGCGGCGUACGAGCAGCAGACGAUGCACGUUGACGUGCUGUACAAGACGCCGGACGGGCACCUGCGGCGCGAGGCGGUCGAGAUGUCCGACCUGGAGCGCGCGGCGUACGAGGGCGGGCAGUACACGCAGAGCCUGGAGGAGCACCCCGGGUUCGGGAUGCGGAUCGUGGCGGCGCCCGUGGACGCGGAGAGCGCGGUGGCGCUGUACGCGGUGCUGUGUCCUGUCGGGGUGCAGACGGAGCACGAGGCGUGCCUGUGCUCGGUGCUGGCGGAGAGCAAGCCCGGGCAGACGCUGUCGAUCGAGACGGAGGGGGAGGAGGCGGUGCGGAGGCGCAUGGCGGCGGCGGGCGAGGUGCGCGGGAGGCGGCGCGAGCUGCGCGCGCGAGCGCUCGGCGAGGGCGCGGCGGCCGGGGCGGAGUGGGCGCGCGUGCCGUGUGCGGCGGCGCAGGAGGUGCACCGCCGGUACGUGGACGGCGACGGGCGGCCGACGCGGGUAGUGGCGCGGCUGCGGGGCGGGACGCCGGUGUCGGUGCACCUGCGAGCGACGGAGGCGGGCGCGGUCCACAGCCCCGAGGGCAGCGGCGGCGACGUGAGGAUGCAGUUGCGGGCGUCGUGGGGGCGGCACGGGCCGGCGAUGGCGACGGCGGAGGCGGUGUGUCCCGGCGAGGUGGCGGAGGAGGGGGCGGACGUCGCGGGGGCGACGUGCUUCUGCGCCGUGCAGCUCAUGCACAGGAACAGGCGCAGGGCGCAGAGCGGCGCGCCGGCGUGGGCGCGGAGCUUCCAGGCGGUCGACGAGCCGCCGUUGGUGUGCCCGACGUCGUACACCUUCAGACCGACGCCGUGGACGGAGGGGUCCGGGAUGAUCGCUCGAAUCUCCCGGCCGAUGGCCCGCUCUUUGGUCGGCUUCGGGAACGGUCAGUGCAGGGGGUUCAAGACGCGGUCAGAGUGCUUGAAUGGGCCAGUGCUUGUCCAGUUGAGUACUGGCCAUGCGACGGUGAGCUGCCAAUGGGUCGACGUGGUGCAGCGCCGGGUGGACUUUGCUGCGACGGCCCAGUGCAUCAAGACGGACGCCUGCGUGUGCGCAGAGAACGGCAUGAGCUGUCCGCACAAGGUGGAAUGCUCGUACAAUCCGCUCUCACUCGUCUUUUGCGAGGAGUCGGUCACGCCGUGCUGCGAGACCACGGGCACCGUUAUGGAGGACGUCGUUGUCGGGCAGGAGUGCACGGCGCGCGAAGACACGCUCUUCGUGCAGGACCUCACGAAGCUCGAGAGCGAGUGGUCUGGCCCAUCAGAGGUCCCCGGCGCCCGUGUCACUGAGUGCGCCUGGAUCGGCGCCACUGUGUGCCUGUCUCGGAGCACCGAGGCCGAAUGCAAGAACUGGAGAGACCACCAAGUGCCCUGGGCGCCGCUGCCGCACGUGUGCCACGCAAGCGCCUGCCUCCACGACGCGGAGGGAAAGCGCGACUGGGCCAACCUGACGCUUGUGGGAUGUCAGUGGCACGGACCCGUGCGGAGGUCGGCUGACUCUCCGGGUGCUUGUCUCCCUUCGUACUACGAGGGUGUGCGCCCCGACUGCUUCCCGGCCAGCGGCUCGCUCGUGUCGGCGGCCGGUGCUCUGCGCGCAGCCGACGUGCGCGUGGGGUCGUCGGUGGGCGUCGUGGACGAGAGCGGGCGCGUGGUGCUGGAGGAGGUGGUGGCAGUGACGCGCGCGGAGGCGGGCGCGCGGUCGGCGAUGGUGCGCGUGGAGGUGGCGGGCGGCGCGGCGCUGGUGCUGUCGCCGGGGCACCUUCUCUGGACGCGCGGCACGGGCGGGUCGGAGGCGACGGCGGCGUGGCUGGAGAGACUGCGCGUGGUGUCGCGCGUGAUCCAGAAGUCGCAGUGGCUGGCGGGCGCGCGCCUGGUGGCGGCUGCGAGCGUUGUUGCGGGCGAUGAGGUGUUUGUGGUCGGUGGCGAAGAUGGCGGCGGACAGGGGCGCGUGCGCGCUGCGGAGGUGACGGGUGUGGCGUGGGUGCCGGCGACGGGGCAGUACGCGUUCAAGACCCGAAGCGGGCGGCCCGUGUUGGUGGAUGGCGUGGUUGCAAGCGACUUGUCGACUGGCCUGCAAGGCGACGGCUUGGCCCUGGUGGCGGGGGGCGAGAUGAUGAGGACGCUGGGAUCGUGGCUGGUGUGGGCGGUCGGCGCCAGAGCGGCGGCUGCGCUGAGCCAGGCGGCGGCGCGCAUGUACACCGUGGCGGUGCCGGCGCUGGCCCCGGUGGUGCGGCGGGCCGCGGUUUGGGCGAGCGAGUGA